AUGGGAAACGAGUUCAUAUACGUUAACCUCGACGCGCGUGAACAAGGUAUUCGCUACUAUGCUAGGAUAGACGAAGACAAGCUAGACCCCAAGAAGAAGCUUCUGCGCCGCUUAUACGAUCCGAAUAUCAUCACGAAGCGAGUUUUUACGGAGGAGGAAGUCCUUCCAGUAUGCUCCUUAGAUCAGAGACCUCACCUUGGGCAGCUCAAUAUUGCCGCAGAAAUUUGGGACCUCAUCCUCUCCCACAUCACGGACCUAAUCUCAGCCGCAUGCUUCGGCGCGGCGCACCCGCUACUCGCGCAUUGCGCUCUCGAGCGCAUGCGAGACAUUGAAAUGUCGGUCGAGGGCGUCAGCGCAUGGGCAGGCCACCGCAUUGCGCUCAUCAACGACACGGAUUCUACCGCACUGCCUAGAGAAGUCUACACUGCAACUGAGUGGGUCGAGUGGGACGUUGAGGAGAAAGGUAUCCGGCACAUGCUCGAGAAGUGGCCGGACGUGGAAGGCGGCCCGAAGCAUCCCGUCCACGGCGAUGAAUGGACUCAGUAUGGUGGACCGCUAGGAAGAAAUAAACGCAUAAAGAGUGCCACUGUGCGCUGGGAGAGGAUGGAUCCGGAGAAACAUGGCUGGCGCUAUCGCUCGGACGAGGAGAGGGAGCGCGACAUCGACUAUUCCCGCGUGCACGGCUACCUCAAUUACAUCGAGUUCAUCGAGAUCUACUACUUCCAUCCUUCAAGCGAUGUCGACUUUGUACUCUGCAACGAAAGCAAGCGCGAGUACGUUCUUGCGCCGGACGUCGCGUGGUUCUAUCAUCCUUGCCAGUUCGACGGGCCUGACGUGCGGGCGAGCUGGACGCUUGGUGAUACGGCAGGGUUCCUUGUUUGCUGGGACGUCGACGGGAAGUGCGGGCGCGGAGAGGGACCAUGGGCCGGAGAUCGCAUUCGUAUCACGUCGUUUGAGAACAUGGAAGCCAUGGGGGGAACAGGAGAAUGGACGGAUAUUGGUGGGGAGGAUGCGCAGUUAUGGAAGGACAUUAGCGCGUUUCUGGAUAGGUACUUCUCUUACGACGACAAGACUUGGAAGGACAAUUAUCAUAGGGUCAGAGAUAGGUACUACCCUCCAGACAGGGGGUUCUUUGGGUGGCACAUCUAG